CCAGAGGCGUUGCUCCCUGCUGGCAAAUCUUCUGGUUAGCUGAACUACAAUCCCCAUCAGGCAGCACAAAUUUGGAAGGUAUUUUGCAUGGGUCCUUUAUUCACUCAUGUGACUGAGCAACUGAAGAGGAAGAUAGAGUACGAUAUUCCUGAGAAGAGCACGGAUCUAGAGGGUUGUUAUGUAUGUAGGGGUUAGCUGACCUUCUUCUAUUUAAUCUCUCCAGAAUUGUGUGUCUGUGUAAUGCCCAGCGCAGCCAUGAAGAAAAAGGUGCUGCUGAUGGGAAAGAGUGGGUCUGGAAAGACCAGCAUGAGAUCCAUCAUCUUUGCAAACUAUAUUGCCCGGGACACACGACGACUUGGGGCAACAAUUGAUGUUGAGCACUCUCAUGUAAGAUUCUUAGGGAACCUGGUUUUGAAUUUGUGGGACUGUGGUGGGCAGGAUACAUUCAUGGAAAACUAUUUCACAAGCCAGCGUGAUAACAUCUUCCGCAAUGUAGAAGUCCUAAUAUAUGUAUUUGACGUGGAGAGUAGGGAAUUGGAAAAGGAUAUGCACUACUAUCAAUCCUGUCUUGAAGCCAUUCUUCAGAACUCUCCCGAUGCCAAGGUCUUCUGUCUGGUGCACAAGAUGGAUCUUGUGCAGGAGGAUCAGAGGGACCUGAUUUUUAAGGAGCGUGAGGAAGAUUUAAGGCGCCUGUCUCGGCCUUUAGACUGUUCUUGUUUUAGGACAUCCAUUUGGGACGAAACAUUAUACAAGGCCUGGUCCAGUAUUGUCUAUCAACUCAUCCCAAACGUACAGCAGCUGGAAUCAAAUCUACGUAACUUUGCCCAGAUUAUUGAAGCUGAUGAAGUGCUGUUGUUUGAGAGGGCAACUUUUUUGGUCAUCUCCCACUAUCAGUGCAGAGAACAGAGGGACAUUCACAGGUUUGAGAAGAUAAGCAACAUUAUCAAACAGUUUAAACUGAGUUGCAGUAAGUUGGCUGCCUCCUUUCAGAGUAUGGAAGUCCGCAAUUCCAACUUUGCUGCCUUUAUAGAUAUCUUCACUUCAAACACCUAUGUGAUGGUUGUUAUGUCAGACCCCUCAAUACCCUCUGCUGCUACCCUCAUCAAUAUUCGCAAUGCCAGAAAGCACUUUGAGAAGUUAGAACGCGUGGAUGGCCCCAAACACAGCUUGUUAAUGCGCUGAACCUUAAACCUAGUGCUGAAGCUGGAACUGUCUUUAUCACUAAUCCCCCCCUCAGUAUUUUCUGAAGAUUAUCAGUGCGCUCAUUUUAUUGCAUGAGGGUUUUCUCCCCUGAACGAAUUUAUUUUGUGUUUUGAAGACUUGACAUGAUUCUGUUCAAAAUUUAUGGAACCUUCACCCAGAUUUUGACCUUUUAAGUUGCUGAGGACUUACAAUGAUGGACUUGUUUGUCUCAAUUUCUUGAAUCCUCUCUCAUAUACAUACUCUAAUUUAAGCUUCUUUCAUUUACCACUUACCAGCUUCUAUGUGUGUUUCUAACUCUUGCUUGACUUCAGAGUAUCCCUCUUUGAAUUCUCUGCUUAGAACAAUCCACUGGAGCUUUCAUCUGAGAACUAUAUAGAAAAUUUCACAUACUGUCUCUAAAGCCCAGCUCACUGAUUAGUUUUAUUACCCUAUCUUUUGGAUUUUCUCUCACCAUGUGGAUGAUGGACAGUUAUUUUGUCUUUUAAGGUGAACAGACUCUUGAGCAAGCCGCUUGCUCAGAGGAUGAGGAAAUAUAUUCAAAUGCCACAAAUUCAGUAUAUUUUUUGUUCUUGGAAAUAAAAACAAAAUAUUUAUCCUUUAGAA